AACAGCAUGAUGGCCACAUCACAAGAUUUCUUCGGAAAUCCUUAUGCAAUAUUUCGUGGUCCACCUACGACAAUGCGGUCGCAUGAAAGUCCUUUGAAUACUUUUGCGCUCGACCUACAAACUGCAAAUAAAUGCAGUAAUGUGGUGGACACGCCAACAGUGGUGCGUCCACCACCGCCGCCACCACCACCACCACCAACGCAAACAUCGUCGCCGAGGUAAGGUUUUUUCAAGCAACAACGUACAUUAGAAAGUCGGUCAACAAUAUCUAAAGACCGCUAAUAUGAUGAAAGCCAAAACAAAGAGAAAGAUAGAAAGAAAGAAAGUUUUUAUGUGAAAGCAAAAU